AUGUUAAAUAGUAAAAUUUAUUUAUCACCUAAUUCAACCAAAAACACAAACUCAUCAUAGAUCUUAUCUCCCAUUUAUAGAAGUUCAAGUUCUGGUAGUAGAGCACAAAUUGAGGAGAUUAGAUUUAAGCAUUCAUAAAUACAAAUUAAUGAUUAACAUUCCUUCAAAAAAGAAGUUUAUGAGGAAAAAUUAAAUUAGAUUGAUGAAAAGUUUUAGAAAGCUCAUUAAAAUGAUUUACAAAGGCUCACAUCGUUAUAAAAUCGGUUGAAUAAGAUGGGUGAGAUGUUAUCGAAUGAAUAAAAUGUUAGAAAUAAUAAUAAUGAUAAUUUUAAGAAGAAAGAUUUGAAAAAAUUUGAGACACAUGUUAAGAAUGAAUUAAUGAAGGACAAAAUAAAGAGAAUAGAUAAUUAAGUCAAAAUUACUAAGUAGAUUGAUGAAUAAUCACACUAUAUCAAAAUGAAAUUAUUAAGAUAAAGGUAAUACAGAUAAGAGACUGAGGCACAGUACUCUUAAGAUCUUACAAAUAAGAUGCAUGAAUUAAGAGGGAAUGUUGAAAACGAAAGAAAAGAAAGAGAGGUGUAUUGCUAGAAUAUUAUAGGUAGAAUAGGAGAAUAAGUUCUCUCAGUUUAAGAAGCAAUAAAUACGGAGAAAUAAUAGAGGUAAGAAUCUCAGAAUCAGAUGCAGAUGAUGGUCCAGGAAAUAACAAGCAUUUUAUCAUUGUAAUUAGCUGAAGAGAAAUCGCAAAGGGAGGAAACAGAGAGAACAAUUAUUAGAUUAAUCAACGAAACAUGUAAUAGAGUGGAGAACUCAUUAAAAAAGUGA